UUUACCAACUUUGACAUUUGCCUGUAAUAUUUUGUCGUGCGUAGAAAACAAAUAUAAAUUUGAACAAAUUUAUAAAGGGUUUACGAAAGACAAAAAUGGCAGAACGCAUAAUUCCAAUAACGAUGGAAGAAGAAAAUGAAGAACAAAGUUCUCCCAGCGACAGUGAACAAAAAAUAGCAAAGCCGAUGGAGCAGCUGAGUAUAAAAACAAAUAAACCCACAGUUCAAGUAAAAACUAUACAAAAAACUAACGUGCAUGAAGAGUACCUCAGAGAAUUCGACGUAUUCGAGGACCGUAAUGAAUCUAGUAUACCAAAUGCAAAUGUUCCGGAGAAAUUGAUUCUUGUAAUUGACCGAGCCCAAGACGAAAACUUUACCCCCUUUGUUGCAAACAAUUCUAAGUUUACACCAUUAAGCAUGCUCAAAAGAGCAAUACAGUUAUUUAUAAAGUUGAAGCAUACAAUAAAUAAGUCCAAUGAAUUUGCUAUAGUUGUUUUGAAUGAGAAUAACGCCAAGUGGAUUUUAAAUUUCACAAGCGAUAUGAGAAAACUGAAAGAUGCUAUUAAUAAAAUAGACAAAUGUGAGGUGGAAGAUACAUUUAAUUUAAAUUCUUUGUUUGAUGAAAUAAAGGAAAACGUUACUAUGCCUAAUCUCUUAAAAUUAGAAGUACCGCCUAGUUAUAUUGUUCGUACUGUGAUAUUUUAUGGACGUUCGUAUACAAUUCCCAAAAUUCAACUUAAUGAGAGUAUAGAAAACUUAUUGGAAAACCCGUAUUUCAUAUGUGACGUGUUGAUUACACACGAACCUGUAGAAUCCAGCAAUUACUGUCACAAAAUAUUUAACGCAUUGCAGGAAUUGGAUAAAAAGGGACUUGCUUACUUCUUUCCCGUGUGCAGAGACUCCAGACGUUUACAUAACUGUGCUGCUAAGUUGUUAGGCCACCCGCUGCAAAGGCCAAAACAAAAAUUGCAAAAAACUUAAUUAUUUGUAAUACUUGUGAAAGAAUUGAAAACUAAAUGUUCAUGAUAUCCUUAACCUUAACCAAUAGAAAUAAGACAGCCGUUAAUAAA